AUGAGCACCAAGGAAAAGACAAAGAUCAAGUUGGUUCGUUUAGAUGGGGUCAAACUACCGACAUCUACGUCUUUAAAUAUUACACUCAAGGAGAUCCAAGUAAAUAUUUUUUGUUCAAUUCAUAUUUUAUUGCUGAUUUAGGUUGCCGGAGAAUGGAAAUGGGUAGAAGGCCGUGGAGAUACGUGUGGUAUUUGUCGAGCAGCUUUCGAAGGAUGCUGUGUUGAUUGCAAGAUGCCGGGAGAUGAUUGUCCCAUCGUAAGUUCAUUCUGUUCGGUUAAAGUAUUGCUUUUCGUAAUUUGCGUGACAAAUCGUUCGUUGCAGAUUCUUGGAGUAUGUUCCCACGCUUUUCACAUGCACUGUAUCAUCAAAUGGACCAAUUCUCAAGUUACCCAUCAACGACCGGCGUGUCCUCUGUGUCGGCAAGAUUGGCGUUAUAGCGUUUGA